AUGCUCCUCUCACGCUUCGUCGUCGCAACAACUCUUCUUUUGGGGGCUACCAAUGCCUUUGCGGAUUUAGGGCCCGUCAAAGGCCUAGACAGGAGGCAGCCAAAAACCACCAAGUGCGUUGUUUCGGCCAAUGGCAACGGAUCUGACGAUACACCUGCGAUCCUGGAGGCAUUCGACAAGUGCAAAUCUAAUGGGCACAUCAUAUUCGACAACGUGACCUAUCACAUCCAUCAGGUGAUGAAGACAACCGACCUGUACAAUGUCAAGAUUGAUAUCAAAGGGACCCUCUUGUGGAGUAAGAACACAACCUACUGGCUUGAAAAUUCCAUCCCGAUUGGCUAUCAGAACCAAACGACUGCCUGGGUUCUAGGUGGUAAGCACCUUGAUGUCAACGGUUUUGGAUACGGAACUUUCGACGGAAAUGGCCAAACUUGGUAUGACUUGGUUAAGGGGGAGUCAAACUACCCUAGGGGCCCACAUGCGCUUCUCCUCGAUGGGGCGAUAGACUCUGUUUUCGAGGGUCUCCGUUUCGUCCAGGCUCAAAUGUGGACCGUCACCAUCACAAGAUCCCAGCGAGUACUUCUCCAGGAUAUCUAUGUCAACAACACGAGCUCCAACAGGAAUCCAGCCCGGAAUACUGACGGAGCUAACACGAUGUUCUCCGACAACAUCCACUUUCGCCGGUGGACAGUCAAGAACGGCGAUGAUUGUAUUGCUGCAAAGGCUAAUUCGACAAACAUUCUUAUUGAAGACAUGGAGUUUCAUGAUGGGCAGUCGGUCGCAAUCGGAAGUAUUGGGCAGUAUUUCGGCCAGUUCGAAACUAUCGAAAACGUCACCAUCCGGAAUGUGUUGGCACACGGAUCUCGCUAUGCUGGCCGUAUCAAGACAUGGACCGGUGAUCAAUUGGGCUACCCUCCUAAUGGUGGCGGUGGUGGCUUAGGAUGUCAGUCCCCUUAG